AUGAACAUUGGGGGGUCGAUACGAGCAUGGGCUGAGGGUCGUAGGCAGGACGAGGAGGAGGGUCGUGGGCAGGACGAGGAGGAGGGUCGUGGGAAGGACGAGGAGGAGGGUCGUAGGCAGGACGAGGAGGAGGGUCGUGGGAACGACGAGGAGGGGGGUCGUGAGCAGGACGAGGAGGAGGGUCGUGGGAAGGACGAGGAGGGGGGUCGUGAGCAGGACGAGGAGGAGGGUCGUGGGAAGGACGAGGAGGAGGGUCGUAGGCAGGACGAGGAGGAGGGUCGUGGGAAGGACGAGGAGGGGGUGGAGGGUCGUGGGCAGUUGGAGAUCAAUGACGAAGGUGGUGGCGAUGACGACAUAAAGUGGCGCCCUCCGCCUGGAGACAGUUAUGUGAGGGGCCCAGGGGCCCUCGAGCACCCGGGCGAGGGGCCCAGGACGCCCCUCGAGCACCCGGGCGAGGGGCCCAGGACGCCCCUCGAGCACCCGGGCGAGGGGCCCAGGACGCCCCUCGAGCACCCGGGCGAGGGCCCAGAGGGCCUCGAGCACCCGGGCGAGGGGCCCAGGACGCCCCUCGAGCACCCGGGCGAGGGCCCAGAGGGCCUCGAGCACCCGGGCCUAGGGGCCCUAGACGCCCUCGAGCACCCGGGCGAGGGGCCCAGGACGCCCCUCGAGCACCGGGGCGAGGGGCCCAGGGGGCCUUAG